AUGACAGAGCCUAAGGAUCUGCCAAAGAGGAAGAUUAUAUAUGAUGAGGAUGGGAAACCUUGCAGAUCUUGUAACACCUUACUAGACUUUCAGAUGGCUACAGGAAAGGUUAGUCCUGUUGCAGCAAUGAGUCCCAUGGCAAGUGCAUUUAAUACUGCUGUGACAGAUUUUAUUCCUGGAUCUAGAACAUACAGAAAGGUGGAUCCCCCCGAUGUUACAGAAUUGGGCAGAUCAUCUUGGACCUUUCUUCAUGCAAUGACCGCUAAAUAUCCAGAGAAGCCCAAUUUGAACCAACAAGGUGAAAUGAAAGACUUUUUAAACAUUUUCUCUAAAGUUUACCCUUGCCAUUGGUGCGCCAUGGAUUUUGCCAAGUAUAUUGAAAACCAUUCUCCAAAAGUGGAGUCUAGGGAUGAAUUAGGUCAAUGGAUGUGCGAGGCACAUAAUCAUGUCAAUGCCAAAUUGGGGAAGCCAAAGUUUGAUUGUAAUUUUUGGAAACAGAGAUGGAAAGAUGGUUGGGAAUGA